CCGCCCUCGAUAAUAACGCACCAAUCCACCGACAUCAACUUCCUCAUCGACAGAGGCAUCCCAGCAAGACUCAACUCGAUAUGUCCGCCCAACCUUUCACCCGCCUAGAAUACUCCGUCGCCGACGGUAUCGCCACGAUCGCGUUCAACACGCCCAAAAGCCUGAACGCCAUCGCCAAGGACUUUUAUUAUGAGUUGCCGGCUGCGUUGAAGAGGGCAGAGGAGGAUGAGAAGGUGGUUGUGACGCUGAUUACUGCUUAUGGGCGGUAUUUCAGUAGCGGCCAAGACGUAACAGAACAGCCCGUGGAACUUCCCCCGGCUCAAAGCGACGCAGACGCCACCCGCGCCUACUACCGCCGCCGCUUCGACGGCUCCGUCGGCCGCAUAGCAUUGGCGAUGGCCGCACACCCCAAAGUUCUGGUCGUUGGGCUCAAUGGGCCUGUUGUUGGUGUUGCUGCCGCGAUGAUAAGCCACGCGGAUCUGAUAUACGUAUCCGACACGGCGACGCUGCAUGCACCAUUCACGGCACUGGCCAUCUCGCCCGAGGCGGGGUCGUCGUUUAUGUUUGUGAGGAGGAUGGGGGUGGCGAAGGCUAUGGAGGCUUUGCUCCUCUCGAAAAAGUUUACACCCCAUGAACUCGUCACCUGCGGAUUCGCCAACGCAAUCCUCCCAACCACCGAUUUCCACGCCACCCUCCGCACGGCCCUACUCGCGACCCUGGCCAAUGUCUCGCCGGCGUCGUUGAGGGUUACAAAAGCGCUUGUGAGGGGUGCAUAUGGGGCCGAAGCCGAGCGUAAUAUCCACGAAGAAGUCGCUGCGUUGACUGAACGGUACAGUAUUACCCGAAUCGCCCGCUUUCUGGUUUCAUCCAUUACAUGGGAUUUCACAUGCCCGCCACUACGAAAUAAAAGAAUUGAUCCGUUCCCCUCCACAUCUAGAUUCGUCUCGGGCGCCCCGCAAAAGGUAUUCGCAGGCUUGGCCACGCAGUUCGGGAAAAAGAACAAGUUGUGAGGAGUGGACGCGUAUCCUACAUGACAGGGAAGGCGUAUGUGGGGAGCGACAUGAUUUCCAGGUGUGGUAGGGAUAGGACAGUAGUCUAUGUAGCCUUUCAGACCUUUUGUGGUUGGUGUUGAUGUAUAUAGCAAUGCCUUGAUGGGACGCUGUGGGCUCUCCGUAUCUGUACGUUGAAAGAUUAAUUUGGACAUCGACGGUGUUUCGACAGCGCGAAGGCAUACUUUCCGACCGUCAAACGCGUCCGAUCUCAGUUGAAC